UUCCGCCAGCCCCCCGCCCCACCACCAGCCAUGGCCAAGCCGCCUGCCCGCGGCUCCGUCCUGGUCCCGGACUGGCACGACAGCGCCGAGGGCAGCGAGCACCUGACCUGCAUCCUGCGCCGGAGCCGCCGCCGGCUGUUUGGCCUGCUUGAGCGCCCUGUGCUGCCUCCGUCCGUGGCCAUGGACACGGCCAGUUACAAGAUCUUUGUUUCUGGGAAGAGUGGCGUGGGCAAGACAGCACUGGUAGCCAAACUGGCUGGCCUGGAAGUGCCCGUGGUGCACCAUGAAACCCCUGGUAUCCAGACCACCGUGGUAUUCUGGCCAGCCAAGCUGAAGACCAGCGGCCGGGUUGUCAUGUUCCGCUUUGAGUUCUGGGACUGCGGGGAAUCCGCUCUCAGAAAGUUUGAUCACAUGCUGCCGGCUUGCAAAGAGAAGGCGGAUGCUUUCCUCUUCCUCUUCUCCUUUACCGACCGAGCCUCCUUUGAGGACCUUCCUGGACAGCUGGCCCGUGUCACAGGCGAGACCCCUGGUGUUGUGAGGCUGGUCAUUGGCUCCAAAUUUGACCAGUACAUGCACACCGACGUGCCAGAGCGCGACCUCGCAGCCUUCCACCAGGCCUGGGCACUGCCCGUCCUGAGGGUGAAGAGCGUGUCCGGGCGACGGCUGGCAGACGGGCGCACACUGGACGGGCGGGCCGGGCUGGCCGACGUGGCCCACGUGCUCAAUGGCCUCGCAGAGCAGCUCUGGCACCAGGACCAGGUGGCAGCCGGCUUGCUCCCUGCCACCCCAGAGGGCACCCUUGGCUGAGGGCCGGCAGGGGCAGCCUCCCCUGGAUGGGGGUGACUAGGAAGAGGUGGGCCUCAGCCACACCCUGCACCUGAAGUGACUUCAGUUGAGAUCCUAUACAAGUUGAGGUGAUACCAGCAGCUGUACCUGAGGUGAUACUGUCUGCUGUACCUGAGGUGAUACCAUCUGCUGUACCUGAGGUGAUACUGUCUGCUAUACCUGAGGUGAUACCGUCUGCUGUACCUGAGGUGAUACCAUCUGCUGUACCUGAGGUGAUACCAUCUGCUGUACCUGAGGUGAUACCACUUGCUGUACCUGAGGUGAUACCAUCUACUGUACCUGAGGUGAUACCGUCUACUGUACCUGAGGUGAUACUGUCUGCUGUACCUGAGGUGAUACCACCAGCUGUACCUGAGGUGAUACCAUCUACUGUACCUGAGGUGAUACCGUCUGCUGUACCUGAGGUGAUACCAGCAGCUGUGCCUGAGGUGAUACCAUCUGCUGUACCUGAGGUGAUACCGUCUGCUGUACCUGAGGUGAUACCGUCUGCUGUACCUGAGGUGAUACCGUCUGAUGUACCUGAGGUGAUACCGUCUGCUGUACCUGAGGUGAUACCACCUGCUGUACCUGAGGUGAUACUAUCUACUAUAACUGAGGUGCUACCGUCUACUGUACCUGAGGUGAUACCACCUGCUGUACCUGGGAUGAUACCAGCAGCUGUACCUGAGGUGAUACCACCUGCUGUACCUGAAGUGAUACCACCUGCUGCACCUGAGGUGAUACCAUCUGCUGUACCUGAGAUGACACCACCUGCUGUACCUGAGGUGAUACCAUCUGCUGUACCUGAGGCGAUACCACCUGCUGUACCUGAGGUUAUACCACCUGCUGUACCUGAGGCGAUACCACCUGCUGUACCUGAGGUGAUACCACCUGCUGUACCUGAGGCGAUACCACCUGCUGUACCUGAGGCAAUACAACCUGCUGUACCCGAGGCGAUACCAUCUGCUGUACCCGAGGCGAUACCACCUGCUGCACCUGAGGUGAUACCAUCUACUGUACCUGAGGCGAUACCAUCUGCUGUACCUGAGGCGAUACCACCUGCUGUACCUGAGGCGAUACCACCUGCUGUACCUGAGGCGAUACCACCUGCUGUACCUGAGGUGAUACCACCUGCUGUACCUGAGGUGAUACCAUCUGCUGUACCUGAGGUGAUACCGUCUGCUGUACCUGAGGUGAUACCAUCUACUGUACCUGAGGUGAUACCACCUGCUGUACCUGAGGUGUUACAACCUGCUGUACCCGAGGUGAUACCAUCUGCUGUACCUGAGGCGAUACCACCUGCUGCACCUGAGGUGAUACCAUCUAUUGUACCUGAGGCGAUACCAUCUGCUGUACCUGAGGCGAUACCACCUGCUGUACCUGAGGCGAUACCACCUGCUGUAACUGAGGUGAUACCACCUGCUGUACCUGAGGCGAUACCACCUGCUGUACCUGAGGUGAUACCAGCAGCUGUACCUGAGGUGAUACCAUCUGCUGUACCUGAGGUGAUACCGUCUGCUGUACCUGAGGUGAUACCACCUACUGAACCUGAGGCGAUACCACCUGCUUUACCAGAGGGCCCCCGAAAUCUCAAUGGCUCAACUGCAUAAAACUUUUUUUUCUUUUU